GGGGCCCGGAGGUCUCUUAAGAUAUCAGUCAGGCAGUGAGUCCUGAUUGCUGCUUCGCCGCUCAACACCUAGUGAAACUGAUGUACACUGGCACCCGGGAGACUGGCAUCCAACCUCUCAGUGGACCAUUAAACAGGAAGAGAGGAGAGACCGACUCAUUCACACAGCGUAAGACUGGCAAAGUCCUUGGGAUUGCGACAAGAAAACCACCUACCUCUAUAAAGAGAACACCCGUACAAAAAGAGCAUCACAAACUGUACAGUACACUCAAAUAGACCGUUUUGUUGGUAGGUGUGGAAAGAUUUGAAGGAAAAACAGCUGAAUUCGGGAUAUUUCCUCUUCUUCAUAUAGAACGAAGACUGUUCAUCAUAUUGUCUGAUCCAGUGACUUUCUUUCCAAAAAUCAAAGCUUCAUUUAAAGGAGGAAAGGAAAACAACUUGACUGAGCGCUUUCAGAUAAAAUACUUCUGGGCGUGAGGAUGAAUGGCAGCCAAUCAAACCUGUCUCUGAAGUGUGUACGUGACACCAGUGUGACGGCGGUGGUCUUCCCCUGUCUCUACAGCGCCCUCUUCCUGUUUGCGCUGGUACUCAACUGCCUGGCUGCAUGGAUCUUCUUCAACAUCCGUAGCACCACCACCUUCGUGGUCUACCUGAAGAACGUGGUGGUGGCAGACCUGCUGAUGACCCUGUCCAUCCCGGUGAAGGUCCUCACGGACACAGACGUGGGCUCCUGGCGUCUGCGUGCGUUCUACUGUCGCUACUCCGCCGUCCUCUUCUACACCACCAUGUACAUCAGCAUCCUGCUCCUGGGGCUCAUCAGCCUGGACCGCUACCUCAAGAUAGUCAGGCCCUUUGGGAAGUGCGCCCUCCAGAGGGUCGGGGUGGGACAGGCCUUGAGUGUGGCCAUCUGGGCUGUGAUGGUGUCUCUGGCUCUGCCCAAUACCAUUCUGAGUGACCUUACACCGUCGGGUUCUCCUGGUCGGCUGAAGUGUACCUCUCUAAAGGGUCAGGCCGGUAUGCUGUGGCACGAGGGCUUCAACUACUUCUGCCAGGUGGUGUUUUGGGGAACACUGGCUCUGAUGCUGUUGUGUUAUACUUUCAUCAGUCGUAAGGUCUACGAGUCCUACAAAGCCUCACGUAGUGGCUCCAACGCGGCCAGCCGCAGGACCAAAGCCAAAGUCUUUGUGGUGGUGGUGGUGUUUUUCGUUUGUUUCGCCCCUUUUCAUUUCGCCAGAGUGCCCUACACUCUUACCCAAACCCGAAAAACAGCCAACCACUGCUGGGCGCAGAACGCGCUCUACGUUGCCAAGGAGACCACUCUCUGGCUCUGUGCCACUAACGUGUGUCUAGACCCGUUGAUCUAUGUGUUCCUGUGCAGGGUGUUCCGGAAAAGAUUGACAGACAUGCUCAAUCGCAAGCCCCACCCCCAGGGUGCUUUGGAGUCGCCCACAGCAACCUCUACACAUUUGGAGAUGUCACAGAUGGUGAAUAACAGAAUGCUGGAUGUCAGCUUGGCCUAGAAGCACAACAAUGUACAUUUUUUUGUAGUUUAUUUCCCCCCAGCCUGUUGAAUUGUAGAUGUAACUUGGCCUGAUGUUGACCAGAGUAAAUCCUUCAAAACAUUCUUUGGAUAAGUGGCUCUUUUGACUAAGACAAUGUGGCAGGUCUAAUAGGCUAUAAACAGCAGUGUUCCCACAUCACCUCUGUGAUAGCCCAUUGUGUUGAAGAGCAUUCUGAAACAUAAUGGCUAGUGUGACAUUAGAUAACCAAACUGCCUCGGGAGUUUUUCCAAAUAUCAUGUUAAAAAUCAUCCACAAGAGACAAUCCAGGCGAAUGUGUCCGUCAAGUCAUUGUCUUUUUCCUCAGCGUAGCUUACUGUCGAGCUCUCACUUCCCUUUCUCUAAUCUUCUCCUAACUGUACCUUCCUUCUUCAUUCAUUUCACCAGAAAGGAAAACAACUUGACUGAGCGCUUUCAGAUAAAAGUGAGUGUGACAAUUACAUGCAUGAAAAAAUAUAAUGUUCUUUGUGUGUAUCGUAUGGGGCGAUAGUCACAUGAGAUAAAAUACAUUUACAAUGUACAUGUUGUACAAAAGCACAUUAUCACACACACACACGACACACACAUCUCAUGCAAAGUCCAAUCUGUACACAUAUACUGAAGGGGAAGAAUGGUUGGUUUAAUAAAGAUUCAAAGUUUCGUUUGAGAA